ACGCGCGCGACGCCAGGUUCGUACCGACAGUAUUGUGCCUUAUCAAGUGUUCUUCACCUUUUUACGCAUUGUUCGAACGGGAUGCACUUAUCUUGAUGCUGUAGGGCCGAGUGUGAUAAACAAUACCCUUAUCGUUUCCUUCGAUGAUCUUGCACUUGACAUUGUCGCCGGUAAACGCGCGAAUUUGAAUCAAUUGACGCGUGUCCAGAUUUUGCUUAAAUAAACGACAAAAAUAUCCUGAAAUCUCAGUGGCAGUGCUAUUUAACUGUUUGAUGAAGAUAGAUUUAAAUACACGAAAGUGCAACACGAACAGUUAUGAACAAUUAAUCGAGCUUAACCAUCAAACCAAAAGGCAGUGUUGUAAAUUCAAAACUAUCAAACAGUGUUACAAAUCCAGUUUUAAUGAUCAGUAAUGCUAAGUGACUUGUGAUCGGUGGUCGUGACAGUGCAGUGUGGUGAUGACACAAUCAUAGUUCCUAGCCGUGGACUCGAGGCACUCUGGAGCGCGACACGUAUGAGGUGUCAGUUGUCGUCCAGCUGACAACAGAUGUUACCGAUAACGAUAGCGCAAUGUCGGCCGAUGGGUCGACGACGGACAUUAAUGGACUCCUCAACGACACAGAAUCAGAUCUCACCGGCCUAUUGCAUGUUGAUGCCCCAAAUGAUGCGAAUUACAUGAUAUGCGGCGUCGUCAUCGCCAUGGCCCUGGUCGGGCUCAUCAUCGUGCUCCUCGCCCUCACUAUUAACAAGCUGAGGAAGCGAGAGGAGCACUCGGCCUCGGUGCACCCCGCCGAGGUGCUGACGCCGGCGCCCGCGCCUGCGCCCGAGCCGCUCGCCUUCCGCCAGCAGCCGCUGUGGCAGUUCCCCCCACCGCUGCCUCCGCCUUACGUCUAUCCUCAUGAUCAGGACAAUCUGAUGCAGCCCCUUGGUAACGAGCGUGCGAGUUUCCGCAGCCUUCGCAAGAACAUCGGUGGCCGUUGGAAGCGUCUGGUGAAGAAAAAACCUGAGCAAGAAGUGUACACGAUCCCUCCCGAGCUUAAACCUCAGCUCAAGCAGAUAUACGUGUACUAGCCCUAAGAGCAACUAUUGUAGUAGCAGCAACUGUUCACAGCACCGAAGCAGGGACCCUCACGCUGAUCAAGCGAUGACUUCAGCUACCUAUACGGUUGUCAAUUCACAUUGCAUAUCGUAAAAACUUUGUCAGAACAUCUGCACGGCUGCACAGCCCUUUAUCACUUGAACAUAUCGUUUAGACCAAUUAUUUUCUAAUGACCAAUGUUAAUUAAAUUUUACUUUCAUUCAGCACUACAUUGUGAUGUAAAAUCUAGAAUUUGUAUUAAUAAGUAUUAGAACACUGAAGUGUGUGUUGUUCCGUUGCAGAAUUCCGAAUGUUGUGCAAGUAUGAGUGAUAGUUAAAAGAAUUUUAGUUAAAUGAAUAAUUUAAAGCUAUGAAUGAUUUAGGAAGAUGCGGUCGCGCAUACUAGUGACGAAAAUCCAAUAAUUAUGAUAAAAUAAACGAUGCCUUGUUGAACGUAUGUAAUUUUGACUAAUUAGGGCAUUUUUUAGUUCAUUUAACUUAUUGUAGACACGAUCGUUCGUAGACGAAAUCGAUCAAAUAGUUUUGUGGAGCUAUAUAUACACGUAUGUAUGUGCAUGGAAUCGUGGUGUGUGACCAGCUAUAGAUUGAUGCAGUAUUUUAUUGUCAUUCAUGAGUGUUGUGAGCGAGACUGAAUUUAAGGUACAAUCAGACCGUAACGUGACUUAAUAACAUUCAAAUUCAAUAUUUUCUGAUAUUAUUGACGUUCUAUAUUUUUUCAAUAUUUCUCAAGAUGACCUAGUUUGUUGAAAGUUGCGUUACUUGCAUGUUAUAGUAGUAUAAUUUUGAGAUUCUCGCCCGGUUCUUACUGUGAUAACUAGAAGGAAGAAUAAAAAAUGUAAAGAUGACAUAUCGAGUUUGAAUUGCCUUACCCUGAUCAAUACAAAUAGGAAGGACCGAGGGCCGAGAAUGUAUUUAGCUCAUAUUGAGCCCGAUAUUGUGAAGAGUUAAGUUUGUAGCUUAUAGGUACAAUUCAGCCAUUUUGAUUUCGUUAUCUUUCAUUAGAAGACACAAUGUUAUACCUAACAGAUUUCUAACAGAGUGAAACGUUGAAAUGUAAUCUUUCAUUGAAAUAUUAAAAUAUAAAUUCCAUCAUGAA